CAGACUUUUGAAUCAGUUAAAUGUUUAUUUCCACGGUGGCAAUGUUCUUCGAAAAUGAUUGAGUUUUGCAACAAGAAGAAAAUGGCAUUUGCCGUAUUUUUAUUAAUAAGCUUUUCUGUAAUAACAUUAAUAGUAAAGAGUGUGUGGGCAUCAACAGACUUCCAAAAACUAAUAUCAAACACAACAGCAUGUAAAGAUGUAGAUAUAGUAAAUACUCAGACAUGUUUUAGAUGCAGUAAAAAAGAACUGAGAGCAGAAGUGCCAGUAUGUUCUAAAACAGGGUACAAACAGACAGUUGAAUGUAAAGAUGGAACCAAAUUUUGGAGAAGCUGUGAAAUAACACCAGAUAUGGAUGAGAAAAAUUUCUGGAUAUUUUGGGCUGUUAAUAUAGUGAUAGGACUUGUGGCUUUUGUAUAUGUCAGAAGAAGACAGAAAACGUUGGAUGGAAUUCUUAUGGAAAAAAUUAAUAAACAGUUAGCAUCUGGUUUAUAAUAGAUACUUGUGACAGUUAAUUUGUGGAGAAGAAUUGUUUAUCAAUAUCAAAUAAAAUACAAGUUGUAGUGACAUAUUAUCUAGGUUUAACCUAAGUUUUGCUGUUAGAUGCAUUAUUGGGUAGUCUGAUAAAUUAUUGUGAAUGUAGUUUUCUUCAUGGGAUGUUGUUCACUAGGUUAUCUUGAGAAUUAUUCAGAAUUCGCUAAUAUGAAGUUAAUGAGUAAGAACAAUAUGCAUUAUUUUUUGAAUUUUAGAAAUUUCUGCUUUAGAAUAUUUAUAAUCCUGCUCUGAGGGAGCUGUGGUAAACAGAUGUACUGCCUUUCUUCUGUCAGUCCACCAUGUGUCCAUCUGUUCCAUAUUUUUUCUGUCACAUUUUUCUCAGGAACCAUAAAUCCUUCCAUAAAUUUGGUAUCAAUCUUCAUGUUAGCACUCUUUACCAUGUGCUGUGUUUUCACAUCCAUUGUUAUUAACUUCCUGUUUAUCCAAUAUUUAUGAUUUAUUCUCACACAAAAUGGCCAUGUAUGAAGUUUUUAUCACAUUUUUUUCAGGAACUACAAAUCAGAGCGUCAUGAAAUUUGGUAAUAAAUUAAGCUUCAUGCAAGCAUGCUAUAUAUAGAGAGUGAAGUGUUUUCACAUUUAUUGUCAUCGACACUCAGUUUAUCAAAUUCUUAUAUUGGGUUAUCAUAAGUCAGCAAUACAUAAUCCGCAUGAAUACAAAUACUUUCAUAGUAUCACAUAGGGUGUGAAUUUAUUCAAAAACAUAAGUUAUUUAAUUUAAUUGUGAAGAAAAUGAAUGGUGAACUUAUCACUUCAAGAAAAUAAAUGGUUUGAAAGUAUUCU